AUGAAUUUCAGCGCGUCCAGCUGCCAGUAUCUGCGAAGAUUUGCGUAUUUUGCGAAUUCUCUGACCCCUCCUCACAUUGAUUCAUAUCACACUUUUUCUUUAAGUGCCGCGUCUAAUGUCCCCGCGGUCACCUCCCCUGCUAAUGUUGAUCCUCUCGCAACUACAUUGCUUAGUCCUCGCGCCACCCUGCAAAAGAACGAAUAUUCUUGCAGCAGAAACGCCGCUACGCGCCGGGAGGACACCGGACAUCACUUUGCGAAUUACGUCCCUGGCACUUUCGAUUUCCGACAAGGAUGCAAAUUGUUUCAAGAUAUGGAAACGACUUAUUCUCAUAAUCAAGAGCCUGCGUCGAUCAACCACUCCGACGUGUGCAAGAAUGGUGCGCGCAUUCCCCGGAGGCUAGAACAAAGUACGUGCAAUAAUUAUGUACAUCAGCAGAACGCGCCCUCACAGCAAGAAUGCUGCACGGUUGGUUCCAAUUACCGAGAAAACAAUGCUAAAGACAAACUGUCAACUCCGAAAGCGCAGGAAUCGGGGGCGCAUGUCCAGUUUUUACCGCAUAAACUGAGAUUCAAAGCCACCAGCACCAAAGUGCACACCGAGCAAAUCCUUAACCCAAAUUCUGCGAGAGGUCGGGAUGAAGCGGUCGCUGAAAAUACUUCAUCGUCAGAUUCGACGGCUACGCGUCCGACGAACGUUGGCGAAGCGGCGCGCAACGCGACACAUUUCUUGAGUCCCAGACACGCACAUUUUCCAGAAACCAUUCAGCACCAAGCGGCAAGAAGAUUCAGUGCCCUUUGGGGAGGCUCGGAUCGUACAGUUUCGACGAGAGAAGAAGCCGAGCCGUUGGAAAACACGAGGACCCGCGCGCCCCAGAAUAGCGGUGCGUGCGCAUUUUCUCUUUUUAGACAGUUAUCGAACAACAAUGAUGCUGGGUAUUAUGGAACACUGUGUCAGGGAAUGCAAAGCGCAUUCCCUCUGGAACACGAAAGAGAAACGGGUGAGAGUGGGCUAAGGAACCAACUGGCAUCCCUUGGUGCCGAGGUGAAGUGCUUGAAACAAAUGUUACUCGCAAAAUCGACUGCAUAAGUUUACUUGGUUUGGAGCGCUCAGACUACCCUGUUAUGUAUAGAUAGAAAACAAUGUGCUUUAACCACGUGGGUCCAAGGUAACACUGCUUUGCGAGUUUUGUUAUGCUUAUUUGGAUCCCAGCAAAGUAUUUUAUUUCUAUAGCUAGCUACUAGGUUACUUUUACUAAGAUGCUUUACAACUUGAAUGUAAACGAUUGUGUUUUCCUUCUAAUGCCUGUGAAUUGCAUAGCGUGGUCAUGCGUUGUACCGCAUUUGGCUUCAUUUGUCUCGCUGGUGCCAUUUGUGCUAAUUCUAAUAGCGAUGUUUUAGUUAAGAGUGAAACUCACGAGGGUCAGUUUAAUAUUUGUGGCAGCGUUGCAUUACGUGCCCCUUUGACAGAAUGCCAUCUUGAACCGCUCCGUGUUUCCCGCACACAUGACACAGGGGGACGAAGUUUUGUUUUUAUAUUGUUCGCUAAUUUUCUUGGCUCUAGUAUUUUUGUAG